GCCGGCCCCGCUCCCGCCGCUGCAGCCGCCGUCCCCUCGCUCCCGCUCCACCGGCGCUAGACAUGGGCUCCGCGGGCACCCGCCCCGCCCUGGCGGCCGCUCUCCUCUGCCUGGCCCGCCUGGCUCUGGGCUCGCCCUGCCCCGCCGUCUGCCAGUGCCCGGCGGCCGUGCCGCAGUGCGCCCCGGGCGUGGGGCUGGUGCCGGACGGCUGCGGCUGCUGCAAGGUCUGCGCCAAGCAGCUGAACGAGGACUGCAGCCGGGCGCAGCCCUGCGACCACACCAAGGGGCUGGAGUGCAACUUCGGCGCCAGCCCCGCCGCGCUGAAGGGCAUCUGCAGAGCUCAGUCCGAGGGGAGACCGUGUGAAUAUAACUCCAAAAUCUACCAGAACGGCGAAAGCUUCCAGCCGAACUGUAAACACCAGUGUACGUGCAUAGAUGGAGCUGUGGGCUGCAUCCCGCUCUGCCCGCAGGAGCUCUCCCUUCCUAACCUGGGCUGUCCCAGCCCCAGGCUGGUCAAGGUCCCCGGUCAGUGCUGCGAAGAGUGGGUCUGCGAUGAAAGCAAGGAUGCGCUGGAUGAGCUGGAAGGCUUCUUCAGCAAAGAGUUUGGUCUGGAUGAUUCCGAGGGCGAACUAACCAGGAACAAUGAGCUAAUUGCCAUUGUGAAAGGAGGCCUGAAAAUGCUACCCGUUUUUGGAUCCGAGCCACAAAGCCGAGCUUUUGAGAAUCCCAAAUGCAUUGUGCAAACAACCUCCUGGUCCCAGUGCUCAAAGACGUGUGGAACUGGUAUCUCCACAAGGGUUACCAACGACAAUCCUGACUGCAAGCUCAUCAAAGAGACCAGGAUAUGUGAAGUGAGGCCAUGUGGCCAGCCUAGCUAUGCCUCCCUAAAGAAGGGAAAAAAGUGUACCAAGACUAAGAAGUCCCCAUCCCCAGUGAAGUUUACUUAUGCGGGAUGCUCCAGCGUGAAGAAAUAUCGCCCCAAGUACUGUGGCUCCUGCGUGGAUGGCAGGUGCUGUACGCCCCAACAGACCAGGACUGUCAAGAUCCGGUUCCGCUGCGACGAUGGGGAAACCUUCACCAAGAGCGUCAUGAUGAUCCAGUCCUGCCGAUGCAACUACAACUGUCCGCAUGCGAAUGAAGCUUAUCCCUACUACAGAUUAGUCAAUGACAUUCACAAAUUUAGGGACUAAGCUGUGUUGGGGGUGGGAUGCUAAACAGAAUUUUGAAGUAACCAGCCAUGGAGAAAGGACCUUUGGAAAUGGUGCCUUGUCCAUUUGAGGGCAACAUUGAGAUGUUUCAAGAGUGCACUGUGCAACUGGACACUAAUGCAACAGAGAUUUAAGCAUACUUAAAGCUUCAUAGUACUGGAGCAACUUCACUGCUUCUUUUUGGAGCACCUUAUCUAAUUAUAUACUGUUUUCUGUUUGUAAGUGAUAAGAUAAAUGUUUCGUUCUGGUUAUGAAAACCUUUUCUAUCUUGUUCAAUUUAACACUAUGCUUUUUUUCUUUCCCCUUCCCUCCAUCUUCUCCCACCCUUUCCCAACCAAGUUGGAAGUUACAUUCCUUCCUGAGGUGGGCACUUGUGGGGUGUUCACAGUGGCAGCUAUUAUGUACCAACUGUAGUUUAAUGGCAAACAGAAAUCAGUUGUUUUAAAGCUGAGUAUUUUAUUUAUCAAACUGUAGCUUUUUUUUUUUGAGUGUGUUUUUGUUUUUUUUUUUUUUUUUUUUUUUUUACCCCUUCCAGCCCCUGUAAUACUGGAAUAAGUUGUAAAUGAUUUUAAUUUUAUAUUCAGUGAAUUAAAAGAAUUUAUUUAUGGAAUUAAUCAUUUAAUAAAGAACUAUUUACCUAGCUACUCUUAGUAGAGCAUUCCGAUAGGCACCAGACUUAAAUACAGCACAUGGAAGAGCGUUCUGUGAAAACUUUGAAUUCUGAAAAGCUUAGACACUCUGAAAAUUAAAACAAGCUCUACUACAGAUGCAGCAAUGCACUAGAAAGCUGAGUCUAAGGUGUUGGGUAAAUGACGUUUUUGAAGUGGUAUAUGCAGUGUGCAACCCCACGCUCUAGAAAGUAUAUACAGGAAAAGCGUCUUGGCAUUGAAAGCAAAUGUUUGAUAGAGAGACUGAAGUGUUAAUUAGACUGUCAGAUUAUUCAAACUGUCCUGGAAUUUGCAACAUAAGGUACUUCAUUAGAAUGCAGUGCAUGCACAGUGAUGUUGACCAUGGGGGUGGAAGUGGUCCUUGGGUCUCACAUUUUUUGGUGGCUGCUUUUUGCAAAUUAAUACAUUUCUGUGGCAGAAGAAUGUUUCCUACAGUCUGCAGGAGGUAGUUUGCUUUCACUAAAUUCAAAUUAAAUGAGCUUGAAGCAAUGACUUUUGUUAAUCCUAAUAACCCAGUGAUGAAAAGUAAACAUACUGUUAACAAGAGAAGAAUGUGAGGAAUUUCAAGUACUUCUCCAAUAGAGUGAAAGGCAAAGCAGCUACUCUUUUCCUCCCCUCCCCACUUUUAAAAUAUGUAAGUACACUUUAUGCUGUGGGACACAGAUGACAUUUGGCUAACCAAGGGAGUUGCAAGACAGCUAGCUGGCACGCGGUAAGGAUAUGACAUUUUAAAAAAGAUAAACUAGAGUAGGAUCUGAGAAAGCAUCAGACAUCUGUACUGUUCUGGUUAGCAUAAGGAUGUGCUACAGCUAAGACUGAAAGGAAAGCUGCAACAGGGUUAGGUUUUGGGUUUUUUUUGUGUCUUCCUUGUGACUGGUUAGUUCUCUGGCAAAAUAUCCUCCUAUAAUCUUUAGUGAGAAAGCUACUUGUAAAAAGCAGACCGAUUUUGAGGUUUUAGAAUUGUAAUGAGGUGUCAUCCAGUGUCAUGUAGUUUGAUGCAGAAGUGGUUAAGAGUCAACUUUUUAUUAGACAUAAAUAUUUCAAUAAAAUAAAUGGCCAAAUAUCUCAGAAGCUCAUCUCUGGCAGCUAAUGCUUUGCCUGAGAAGUUACAGCCAUCUCUCUUCUGCUCAGUCAAGUUCUCUCCCUGAAGGCAUUCAAAACUUGAGCUGUUUUGGAAUUCAUCACCUGGCCACCAGUCUCAGCUGUACCUAAACUUGUCUGUACAAUAUUUGUUGACAGUAAAAGUGUAAAACGUA